AUACAUAUAAUUAACAUAAACAACAUGACUAGCAAGACAGCUUUUGAAAAAGGUGGUUUCAACUUUGACAACUAUGCUAGAAAUAAGGCACUUGAAUCAAAGGGUGCUAAACCUCCCAAGGCCACUAGUACUGGUACUACUAUUGUUGGUCUUAUCUAUAAAGAUGGUAUCUGCUUAGGUGCUGAUACUAGAGCUACUGAAGGUCCUAUUGUAGCAGACAAGAAUUGUGAAAAGAUUCACUACAUUGCUCCCAACAUUUACUGUUGUGGUGCAGGUACUGCUGCUGAUACUGAAUUCACCACCAACCUCAUUAGUUCCCAGAUCGAGUUACAUAGUUUGUCUACUGGAAGAAAGCCUCGAGUUGUUACAGCCAUGACAUUAUUGAAGCAAAUGCUUUACAAAUAUCAAGGUCAUGUUGGUGCUGCUCUUGUUUUGGGUGGAUUUGAUGCUACUGGACCCCAAUUAUAUACAGUCUAUCCUCAUGGUAGUACUGACAAAUUACCUUAUGUUACUAUGGGUUCAGGUUCAUUAGCAGCCAUGAGCAUAUUCGAAAGUAAAUGGAAGCCCAACAUGAACCGUGAAGAAGCCAUCGAUCUUGUUCAAGAAGCUAUUGAAGCAGGUAUUUUUAAUGAUUUGGGUUCUGGUUCCAAUGUGGAUGUCUGUGUCAUUACAAAGGAUGAUACUCAAUACCUUCGUAACCAUGCUCGACCUAAUGAACGUGGUAUUAAAGAACAAAGCUAUCGUUUCCCAAGAGGUACUACUGCUAUUCUUAAAUCUUCUAUUGAAAAACUUGUCACUGUUACUGAGGGUGAUUCCAUGGAUAUGUCAUUGUAAAGUAAUAAAAGGUUU